UUUCCGACAACACCUAAAGGCACCAACCGACACACAUCGGACGGUCAGACGGCGGAACUACUGAAGGAAUUCAGAAGUUAUCGCAGCCAAGUUGACAUACCGUUAAGAAGGAGGAGUAACGAGUUCGUUUGUUUAAAAAAACAAGGAGCGUUGACUGCCACAGAAUAUUGAGCUUGGUGCCACGGGGGGAGCCUCCAAACAGGACAGCAGCAACAUGGAAGACAUGACUGUGGAACAGAUGACGAUGAGGGCCAACCAAGUGACUGAUGAGUCACUGGAAAGCACACGGAGGAUGCUGCAGAUGGCGGAGGAGAGUAGACAGACCGGCGUCAACACCAUGGUGAUGCUGGACCAGCAAGGAGAGCAGCUGAAGCGUGUGGAGGAGGGCAUGGACCAGAUCAACCAGGACAUGAGACAGGCUGAGAAAAACCUGACUGACCUCUCCAAGUGCUGCGGCCUCUGUGUCUGCCCCUGUGACAGAGUGUCGUCUAUCGAGCACGACUCACGAUACAAGCGCACCUGGGGGAUUGGAGGAGGCGAAGGCGAUGGUGAUUCCAAUGGCUCAAAAGUAGUCUCAAGGCAGCCCUCAGCUGUUCGCAAUGGCCAGGCUGCCCAGGUGAACGCCCCGGCGCCAUCCGGCCCAUACGUCAAGAGGAUAACCAACGAUGCGCGGGAGGAUGAGAUGGAAGAGAAUCUCGAUGCUGUCGGCAGCAUCAUUGGCAACUUGAAAACCAUGGCUGUGGACAUGGGCAGCGAGAUAGACAAGCAGAACAAACAGAUUGACAAUAUCGCUGCCAAGGCGGACAUGAACAAAAUGCGUAUUGAUGAAGCAAACCAGAGGGCCAACAAGCUUAUCAAGUAGAGGAGGAAGCCUGCUUCUGCCAGUUUUAUCCAGCGGCUGUGACCCUAUGACACCACACACACACACACACACACACACACUGCAUAUUUGUGCCCAUGCAUGAACACACACAGCUUAACAUAAAAAAAAAUAAAUUAAGUCUGGAAGAAUAUAUAUAUAUUUUUUUUUAUUUCCCACCAGCAGCUUGCUCGUCAUUACUGCACUAAGACAUAAGUAGAAUAGGUAAACAUAGUUAAACAUUUACACUCUUUGACACAUGUUCAAGGUCAUACUGGACUUUGAGAAGCAGGAUGGGCAUCAGAAACUGCACCAGAGGAGGGGAGGGGCUGACUGCCUGUCACUGCUGUUUGAUACCAAAUAUGCACCAGACCUGUUGUAUCAUAUCUCAACAUUCACAGGAAGGGAAGCAGCACAAGUCAGCUGCUUUUCUUUCUUAUUUUUGCUCUCUUUAAGUCAGAAACUAUGAACUUUCCCUUUUUUUUUUGGUCUGCUUCGGUCUCUGGUUUGUAUGGAUGACGUCACAGAUCCGAUCUCAUUGGCUGUCUUAUAUAUAAUAUACAGCGCAGCAUUAAUUUAUGUAUCACCCUGUUGGUCCUGUCUUGAUAUAGUGACAUCUAGUUUAAUCAUAGAACAUGUACUUUAGUCUGAAACAUGCGUGCCUUCCCCAGACUGGUCCAGUUUGUACUUAAGUUUAUUGUAUCGUGUAUUAUUAUGUGAUGAUAUGUUUAUUUAAUUAUUCUUUAACAAGCAGAAAUGACUUGUGAAUAAAGUUGUGUCUUUCAACA